UCCGUGCAUGGUGACUGUUUCAUCGUUUGAAGGCGAUUUGGAGACUGGAGUGAGUAUUCGCCAUCUUGUUGCCGAAGGGACCUCGUUGGAGAAAAGUUCUUCCUCGCAAUUAAAUUCGUCUACCGGAGAACAAAUCCUGCAAUUUUCUUUCAUCACGGAGAUCAAACUCUUCGAGGAAAGAUGAGCUACGGUAGGCCGCCGCCCCGCAUCGACGGGAUGGUCUCCCUGAAGGUCGACAAUCUCACGUACAGGACAACGCCGGAGGAUCUCAGACGCGUGUUCGAGCGUUGCGGCGAAGUCGGCGACAUUUAUCCCCGGGACCGCUUCACUCGCGAGAGUCGCGGUUUCGCCUUUGUCAGAUUUUAUGAUAAGCGUGAUGCUGAGGAUGCAUUAGAUGCCAUGGAUGGUAGGCUUCUAGAUGGCAGGGAACUACGGGUUCAAAUGGCGCGAUAUGGACGUCCAACAUCUCCUCAUCGAAGCCGCGGAAGUCGUCGUCGUGGAAGAUCACGUAGUAGAAGCAGAGAUCGUAGACGUUCUCGAUCUCGAUCUCGCAGCAGAUCGCGCAGCCGUGACAGAGAUCGUAGGCGCUCUUACAGCCGCAGUCGCAGUCGCUCUCGCUCCGAUAGCAAAAGCUCCCGCGGAAAAUCACGCUCGCGCAGCAAGUCCCAGGACAGACAAAAGGACAGUCGUUCCAAAUCAAGGGACUGAACUUGUUGAAAAAAGGAUGUGCAAGAGGAUAAAAAUAUGAGCGCGCGCAUCCAACGAGUGCCGAUAAAUCUAUGUUGAGAAUGCAAAAGGUAUUCCAUCACCUUCUAUAGCAACACUCGCACGCUUCUUCAUGUUCUUCUAUCAUUUAAAAAUAUAUGUUAUAUACAUAUAUAUAUAUUUCAAUUAAAUAUACAUAUUUCCUUGAUUUGUGGAGACGCGAUUGGUUUCUGCCCUAUAACACGUAUGUAUUUUUUUUCUCACAUGCUUUUUUUUUUUAUUCGCGUUUGUCAUUAUAUGCAACUAUCUCGUCGCUCUCGUUUGUUUAACGAUUAAUCAAUUAAUUGAUUCUGCUCACACAACAAUAUAUGAUUAUUUUAAGUAAUUAAAGAAAUUUUAAUCAAUAUAAUAUUAGAUUUGUGUGCAUUAUACAUUUGUCUUUGAAAUUCACAAAGCUACAGAUAGUAUUCAUAAUAUUUUUCAUCGA